UGUAAAGUGACGUGGGAAAUUCUCCUCUUUGAAAUCAUGUUAUAACUCUUUCGGCGCAUGAUAUAUUUCGCUACUACUCUAUCUUAACUUUUGUAAAACUCUCUUUUACAAGAAUAGAAGUAAAAAAUGCUGUAUUUCUUCCUGACACUUACGUCAUGCUGCUCCAAUGUUGUUUUGCUAGAAAUUCUUAUGAGGAAAAUACCUGGUUGUGGAAAUGUUGUCACAUUUUUCCAGUUUCUCUUCAUUGCUUUAGAAGGUUUUAUAUUUACCACUAAAUUUGGAACGGUAAAACCAGCUGUACCUAUUAAAAAUUAUGCGAUUUUAGUCGUGAUGUUUUUUGUAGUUAGUGUAUCCAACAACUGGGCAUUUAGUUUUAACAUUUCAAUGCCUCUGCAUAUGAUUUUUAAAUCGGGUUCUCUAGUUACAAGCAUGUUGAUGGGAAUGUUAAUAUUUAAAAGGAGGUACACAAUUACUAAAUACUUAUCAGUGUUGAUGGUGUCUGUGGGAAUUUUUAUUGCAACAUGGGCAUCACAAAAUUUAAAGUCAGGUGGAGAAUACUCAAGUUCUACAGCUUUAAAUCAGUCUGUAAUUGGAAUAUUGCUGUUAUCAUUUUCCUUGAUUGUAUCAGCUGGAUUAGGCAUUUAUCAAGAAUAUAUAUUUAAAAAAUAUGGAAAACAUCCUCGAGAAGCACUUUUUUAUUCUCAUGCUCUCCCUUUACCAGGAUUUUUGCUAUUAUCUUCUGAUAUAAGGACUCGGAUACCAUUAUUUUCCAAUUCUGAGUCUAUUGAACUGUUUUCUCUAUUUAGCAUUCCAUUUUUGUGGAUAUGUUUAAUAGGCAAUGUUCUAACUCAAUAUAUAUGUGUCAGAUCUGUUUUCACAAUAGCUACAAAAUAUUCUUCUUUGACAACUACAAUGUUAAUUACUUUAAGAAAGUUUAUUUCACUGAUAAUUUCCAUUAUGUAUUUUAAAAAUCCAUUUACUCCAGCUCAUUGGUUGGGAACAUUUCUUGUUUUUACGGGCACAUUGCUAUUUACAGAUUUCAGAAAUCUUAAAGAAAAAGAAAAAUUUGAGUGUAAAGAAAAAGAAGAGAAAAUUGAGUAUAAAGAAAACAAAAAGAAAUUUGAGUAAACAUAAAUUACUACAAGUUUCAUUAAGUUAUACCUUGUAUAUGCACUGAGUAACUAUUUUAUUAUAACCAAUUAAUAAUUUUAGCCAAGUCGGCAUUAACAUCAUUCGUUGUCGUGUCACUAAACCGUGCAUCAUUGCCAAAAUAUGGUGAAUAUUUUACUGAAUACAUGGGCAUAAUAAAUUGAGUACUUAGUGCAUAGUAUUUAGUUUUUUUUUUUUUUUUUUUUUUUUUU